ACCUGAAUUUUUUGCUCAGAGAUUAUCACUCUCUUUGUUAUGGCUUCACGGUGAUGACUUGGACCAGACCUGCACAGCCCUGGUGUGAAGUUCAGGGUUCUGUAGAAGGAAAACCUUUUCUUCACUAUGAGAGUGACAGCAACAAGGCAAAACCCUUGGGUCCUGUGGGUGAGAAGGUAAACACCACAAAAACAUGGGAAGAACAGACUGAAACUCUGAAAGACUUGAGGCAAGAGCUCAGGAAUCUCCUGCCAGACAUUGCGCUGGAGAAGUACACAACCAUGGGUAAGUUUGGAGGAGCCCACAUCCUGGAGACAGUCAGCAGGAGAAGGAAACAUGAACGGAAGACAUGGGAGGGUAGGGCCAUUGGAUGUAUCUGUAUCAAGGAACUGAACAUAGAUCCAACCCCAGAGGGCCAUGGGCAAGAUCUAGAAGACAGUGUUUGGGUCCCUAAUGCGUGGAAGAAAACAGGACUGAUGGGGAGCGUCAAGCUAGUUUGUCAGCGACAAGCAGAACAGUACACUGGUGCAUCCUGGCAGUUCAGCAUCCAUGGGCAGCUGCUCCUCCUGAUUGACACAGUGAAGACCAACUGUACAGCGGGUCAUCCUGGAGCCAUGAGCAUCAAGGAGAAGUGGCAGAAGGACAGGCGAUUAGCAGAAUAUUUCAGGAAGAUAUCACAGGCAAAUUGCAAUGACUGGCUUCGUGAAUUCUUGGUGAUCUAGGAGAAUAUGCUGGAGCUGACAGGUAACUCAGGAGGGUGA